AUGGUUAGAAAAGACAAGAAAAAUAGAACUUGUGAGCGUUGUGAACAUACAUGCGCAACACCACAAAAACUUCGUGAGCAUCUUAAUAGACAGAAUCCAUGCAGACCCCUCAUUUCUCCAGUACUUUUACCUCAGCACCAAG